GCUGCCAUACUCACCAUCCAUCAACUACAUCACCAAUCAAAGUUGAAUCAUAGCCCACUGCUCGCAAUGAGGAUCACAACCUUCCUAUCAACCAUCUGCGCCACUGUGCUCGUUGCAGCUGAGCAGCGCACUGCUCAAGUUUAUGUCCAACCUAUCCUAUCCUCACCCUCGAAACCUCAAAUCUUAGCUGAAGUCGCCUACGACGCCGCCUCACUCGUCUCCACCGAGAUCGUCUCCUACGAGGCCCCUGAGCUGCCCGAGACCGCAUCCCUCGUCCGCGUUGGCAUCUACGACCCCAAGUCUUCGCGCUGGAUUGCCGGUACAACUGCUGCCUCAACGGAGAACUUUGACCGCGGUUACGCGCCUACGAUAUUACUCUCUGUAGAUGAGAGCGGCGAUGUGCGCAGUGUGGCGCUUAAGGGGGUGAGAGUCGAUGCUGGCCAGACAAGAGAUUUUGGACCCAAGGCUGUUGUUAUCGCGGAGAAGAAGGGGGCUCAGCCUGAGUUGAACAAGCCGGUUGUGCUGUCACCAAAUGGUAGAAAGGCAGCUGAGGAGGAGCCCAAGUCUCUUUUGCAAAAGUAUUGGUGGCUUAUUGCUAUCGUGGUUGUCAUGUCGAUGGCUGGUGGAAACGAGAAAUAGACUUACAUGUGCAAACUAACGACUCUAAUCAACCAUUUUAUGCCAAUCGUAUUCCUUAAACCA